AUGGAAGCUCCAAAUUCUAGGCUGAUUCUAAAUGAUUCACAACAAGUUGUCCUACCUCAACGGACCACAGUGACCAUUUUGGGAUCCUUUCUUCGUGGACGCCCAAGAGGAACUUCUACUUCACACCAACAACAACCACAACCACAACCACAACCACCCCGUGAACUCACUCCAUCCCCUCCAGUCCCUUCUCCUUCAACGACCUCACAAAGAAGACGAAGUUUCGUACCACAGAUAAACCCAUCAUCAAACUCAAAUCUUGGCCCAAUUUCAAACAUUCUUCGCCGCAGACGUUCAGCCGGCACCGUCAACAACUCAAACAGACCCACCUCACCAACAAUGCCCGCCGCCCAACCUCUCCUCCGCGCAACCACAUUCUCAAACACCAACACCAACAACAACCCAACCCACCGUAUCCGCCUCGUACCCCACCUCGACUCCCGCCGCACACUCCGCUUCGAACCCAUAACCCGCGACCUCAAAGACAACGACAGCCCCCUCCGCAUCGGCCGCUUCACAGACCGCUCAGGAAUAGGUCUCGCAGCAGUAAACGCCCUAAACACCAACAAACUAGCCUUCAAAAGCAAAGUCGUUUCUCGCGCCCAUGCUGAGAUCUGGACAGACAACUCCAAGUUCUACAUCAAAGACACAAAAUCUUCAUCAGGCACCUUCCUCAACCAUCUCCGCCUAAGUCCCGCAGGCUCAGAGAGUAAACCCCAUCAGCUCAAAGACGGCGAUAUCGUUCAGCUGGGCGUGGAUUAUCAGGGUGGCACUGAGGAUAUCUACAAGUCUGUCAAGAUCAGGAUCGAGGUGGGGAGGGAGUGGCAGGCUGCUCCUAAUGCUUUCAACACCAAUGCGCUCUCCCAGCUCCGUUCACUCAGCGCAGACCCCCAUAACCAACCACAAAGCGCCAUCGCCCACGGCAAGAAACGCAUGCCAAAGACUAACAUUCCCGAUUGUUGUAUCUGCCUCUUUGCAGUAACCAUCCGCCAGGCACUCUUCAUAGCCCCCUGCAGUCACGCCUUCCACUACAAAUGCAUCCGCCCCCUCCUCGAAGCCCACUCCUCAGCAUUCAGCUGUCCCCUGUGCCGCACCUUUGCAGAUCUCGAUGAAGAUGUCGAAGUUGAGAUCGAACCUGAACCGGAACUGGAAGUGAUCGAGGCUAUUUCGUCGCCUGAAGAUGAUGAUGACGAGGAAGAAGGGGAGGGAGCGGUGGGAGUGGGAGCGAAGCCGUCGCCGUUGCUUGCGCCACCGAUGGUGAGGGACGGAGCUGAGACGGAGGUGGAGGGCGAUGCGAGUUCAAGACCGCGCGUGAGGGUGCGGACUGCGGGGCAUGUUGUGCAUCCGCACCUGCCGUCACACCCGAAUUCGAAUCUGCCUCCGAUGGAGAACGCACGUGUGGACGACGAUCUCGAUGAAGAGAUGGAUAUGCUAGAUGUAGAUUCGGACGAGGGAGAAGUGGAGGUGUUCGCACGGAGUGGGAGUGGAAGUGGGAGUGGGAGUGCAGAGGGUAUGGGUAUCGAGAGUGGGAUGGGGAAUGUGAUGGCGAUGAUGGUGGAUGGGGAGGGGUUGAUGAGUGGGAAGCGGAAACGGUGA